UUUUCGUCACUUUCGUCGAAAUAUCCAGCAUUUCCCACCCUUCUUCCCUUUCCUUUCCAGUCCUCACCUUCCCCCAUUAAAAACCUCAUCACAAAACCAUAACCGGUCAUCUCUGCUACUACAUUUCUCACAGUCUUUCUCAUCUGAUAUUUCAGUUUUCAGAGAACGAAAAUGGAGAGCUACUCAGACACCAAAUCAUCUUUGAGCUAUGCUGAUCAUUGCGAGAGCUCAGUCGGAGUUGAUCAGAACUACGAAAGCCCUCGUACUCCUCUCGUGGCGCCGAUCGUUGCAUCUUACAACGACCAGAUUCGUCCCCUUCUCGACGCAGUCGACAAGCUCCGAACCCUCGCGGUUAUGGAGGAAGGAAUCCAGCUUCCCACCAUUGUCGUCGUCGGCGACCAGUCCUCCGGCAAGUCCUCCGUGCUCGAGUCUCUAGCCCGUAUCAGUCUGCCUCGUGGCCAAGGAAUCUGCACCAGAGUCCCACUCGUCGUCAGACUGCAGAACCACACCGAGCCAGAGCCAGAGCUUUAUUUGGAGUACAAAGGAAGAGUGGUUCAGACCGACGAACAGCACCUCGCCGGAGCUAUAAGCGUCGCCACCGACGUCAUUGCGGGAAAUGGUAAGGGAAUAUCUAAGACCCCUUUGACUCUGGUAGUGAAAAAGAAAGGGGUUCCGGAUUUGACCAUGGUCGAUCUUCCUGGGAUAACUAGAGUCCCUGUUCAAGGUCAGCCUGAGAAUAUCUAUGAUCAGAUCAAAGAUAUUAUAAUGGAGUAUAUUGAGCCUGAAGCGAGUAUUAUACUCAAUGUGCUGUCUGCAACGGUUGACUUUCCCACUUGUGAGUCAAUACGAAUGUCUCAGAGUGUUGACAAAACUGGGGAGAGGACUUUGGCUGUUGUGACCAAGUCUGAUAAGUCUCCGGAAGGGCUUUUGGAGAAGGUGGCUGCUGAUGAUGUGAAUAUUGGGCUUGGUUAUGUCUGUGUUAGGAACAGAAUUGGUGAUGAAUCGUAUAUGGAAGCUCGAGCUGAGGAAACUAGGCUUUUCGAAUAUCAUCCUCUGCUUUCAAAGAUUGAUAAGUCGAUUGUGGGCGUACCUGUUUUGGCUGAGAAACUUAUGAGGAUUCAAGCUAGAAGUAUCGACAGAAACUUGCCUGACAUUGAUAAAAAAAUCAAUGACAAGUUGAGUAAGAGUCUCUCUGAGUUUCGAAAGUUGCCCAAGUCAAUUUCUUCCACUGCCGAGGCCUUGACCACUUUCAUGAGGAUCAUAGGUUCUGUUAAGGAAUCACUAAGGAAAAUCCUUCUCAGAGGUGAGUUCCAGGAGUACCCAAGUGAGAAGAACAUGCACUGUACUGCUCGGUUGGUUGAGAUGCUCAAUUGUUUCUCGGAUGAGCUUCAUGAAAGCCCGGAAAGUGAUCCCAAGAGGAAGUUUUUGAUGGAGGAGUUCGAGUGUUUGGAAGAAGCUAAAGAGAUUUCUCUGCCUAAUUUUCUUCCAAGGACAGCUUUUCUUUCCAUUCUCCAGUCAAAGGUCAACGGAAUAUCAACCAUUCCUAUAGCUUUUGUUGAGAAACUAUGGAAGUACUUAGAGGAGGUGGUGGUCUCAGUGUUGAUGAGUCAUGUUGAGGAUUACCACCAGCUCCAGCUCUCGGCAAGAAGAUCUGGACUAAACCUGAUUGAGAAGAUGAAAGAGAAGUCAAUGAAGUGGGUUAUGGAGGUCAUAGAGAUGGAAAAGCUCACUGACUACACUUGUAACCCUGAGUUUGUCAAGGACUGGAACAAGUUCAUGUGCCAAAAGGAAACUUUCAUGGCAGAAGUGAACAACCAGUCACGGUUUCGAAUGGAGUUAGAAGGUUUUGGAUGGAUUGAGUUUGAGAAUUUGAGGCAGUUUCCUCAUCUUUUGGACCAAGCUUUUGACUUGAGGAUGAGGAUUGUGGCUUAUUGGAAAGUGGUGUUGAGGAGGUUGGUUGACUCCAUGGCCUUGAAUAUGAGGUUGAAUCUUGAUAACCUUGUGAACAAGGAGCUGGAAAUGGAGAUUGUGAAUGAGUUGAUGGAUCCUCAUGGGAGUGGGAUUGAGAGGUUGAUGGAGGAAGCUCCGAGUGUGGCUGCAAGGAGGGCAAGGCUGACUGCUACUGUUAACAAGUUGAAGGAAUGUAGAGAGAUUUUGGCUAAGAUCAAAGGCAGAAUUAAUACAACUUGAUUAUGAUUAGUUAAGUACUUGUUAAAGUAGUUUGGUCAUGUUUGAUAUGUUAUGGUGGUUAGUAUUAAUAAUUGUGUUUGUGUGUGGUUUUAUUGUCUUGGCAUGUAAUAUGUUAGUGUAUGGUUUUCUUAUAAUUUUAUAAUAUAAUCCUUGUUUUUUAGUA